ACAGCCAAACUUGCCAGGGUCACACACCCGAUAUAUUAUACAUUAUCCAGCCUAUAAACAGCUGAAUGUGUUCUGCUUCUAAUGUUGUACACGGGCAUCUUCAUGUAAUAUUAUUAUUACUAUUGUGUGAGUGCUAUCAUCGUGGUUAUCAACUGUGACAGUCAGAUGUGGAGAGGCUCGCUCAGUGCUGGCGGGGUGGCUCUGGUGGCAGGUGGUGGUGGUAGUGAUGGUGGUGAUGAAAAUGGUGAUGGUGCUGCUGGUGGUGGUGGUGUUGGGAGUGGUGAUUCUCCCGCAUCAGGUCCAGGCUAGGAUUGGAACGUUUUGGCAAGUGACGGACUUUCACUAUGACGUCAACUACACGACGACUGGCUCCAGCAGUAGCAUGUGCUGGGACAAGGCUAAGGUGGACCUGGGCCUCGGGGCGGACGGCAGCCUUCCGGGCAAGUUCGGGGACUACGAGUGCGACGCGCCCCUCGAACUGGUCAAGAGCGCCAUCAAUGCCAUGGUGGAACGCCAACCCCGCCCGGACUUCGUGCUCUGGACGGGGGACGACACUGCUCACGUCUCAGACCAGUACUUCAGCACAGAUAAAGUGGUGAAGAUCAUCAAGGACCUGACAGCUAUGCUCAACCAGUCCUUCCCUCACACGCCCUUUUACCCCGUCCUUGGUAACCACGACUACUAUCCCAAGAACCAGUUUCCGGUGGGCACGAGUGAGCUACAGACACGGGUGGCCGACAUGUGGAGGCCGUGGCUGAAAAACGACUCGUACCAGUCCUUCAAGAACGGUGGGCGGUACUGGGCGGACGUGGGCGGCACGAACGUCACCAUAGUGGCCCUCAACACCCUCAUCUGGUACAAGAGCAACAAUAAUACCGGAAACUACAACGAUCCUGAUGGGCAGUUCGCCUGGGCUGACAGACUCCUCAAGAACCUGACAGCCAGGGGACGUAGGGUGUACCUUAUUGGCCAUAUUCCACCGGGUACGUUUGAGAGGUACCAGACGACCAAGGAAGGUUUUCACUGGUAUUAUCCGCUCUACAACGAUAAAUUUAUCCAGAUGAUCCAGAGACACUCGGGGGUAAUUGAGGCACAGUUCUUCGCCCACCACCACACAGACUCCUUCAGGUUGUUCUUCAGGGACCAGCAGCCCCAUGACCCAGGGACGCCCGUGGCUUACCAGCUGCUGGCCCCCGGGGUCACGCCCUGGAGGUCCUCCCUCUCCAAGGAGACCGGCGCCAACAACCCGGGUCUCAGACUGGUCUAUUACGACACCAACACCGGCAAGAUAAAGGAGGUGUCGACGUACUACCUGGACCUGGGUAAGGCCAACGCCCAGGGCAAGGCGGUGUGGCAGCUGGAGUAUAACUUCACCUCCUCCUACAACCUCGCCUCCAUCACCCCGGCCUCCCUCUACGACCUGGCCACCAAGCUCAAGACGAACCAGGUGCUGUUUGAUCGCUACUACCGGGCCAACACUGUCAGCCUGGAGGACUCUUCCGCCUGCUCCAGCGACUGUCGCCUGAUCCACUGGUGCGCCAUCACCGAGGCCAACUACACCCGCUUCAGCGACUGCCACACCAGCGGUGCCUCCUCCAGACGCUGGAGCGCCCCCGGCACCCGCGGGAACAUUUUAGCCUGGGCGGUGUUGUUGCUGGUGCUCUCUGUGUGUCGUUAAUACUGUGACCAGCGGGGAAGUGGGGCGGCGACCCCAGGUACGCUGGGACUACGACCCCAGGUACGCUGGGACUACGACCCCAGGUACGCUGGGACUACGACCCCAGGUACGCUGGGACUACGACCCCAGGUACGAUGGGACUACGACCCCAGGUGCAAUGGGACUAUCAACAAGGGUACACAUUGAGAAAGCGAACUCGUCCUCAGACUAUGACUGUCCCACGGCAAUUUUCUCUAUAAUUCACCUUCACGUGAAAUAUAUACUUUUUGAAUAGUUAAGUCUAGGAUAAGUUAGGUAUUUUGGUUCUGUUAGCAAUUAUUUAAAUUUUAAUACUUGGGUGAAGCCUUUAGAUGGGCGAUUCGAACAGAGGAAGAGCGGGGAGCACUCCGCCAUCACGAACAAAGAUUCCCUUAGGUUAUGAACAGCUAUGGUCUAGGCUCAUGGUCAGAGAUACAUUAGAGUAAUGAACAACUAUACACCAAAGUUACAACCAUUUUUACACUUGGGCUACAAACUACCGUACAUGGGAACAUGAACAGCGGUGAUUGGGAGGGGGCUGAAAGGCAGGUAUACUGGAUCAACGAACAGUUCUACACUGAUGAUAUAGAAGUCACCGUGUAACAACGCAUCAGUAUUACCCAUAUAUUGGUUACGUGGAUCAGUAGUUCGCAAUAUUCCUGCAUCGUGUAUACAGUAGAUAAUUGAACAAUGGCUCUUUAUUUGAUGUUUGUAAAUAAUAUAUAAUGUCCAUAUCAGACAAGCAUUUGAAUCGUUAUUUUAUUUUAGCUUUUUGAAGUAUAUUAUAUCCACAUUAAA